AUGAUGGUAGAUCUUUGGCCUAUGGUCGCGGAUGAUGUCUAUACAGGGACCUGCCGGCGGCUUCUCCAUACAGAGCUGACAGAGCUUGUCACUUCAGGGAUGCGUAAUGCUGCGUACAACUUCGCUCGAGGAUGUCAUACGUUGCAGCCGAAGUUCGAUGGCUCGUCCCUAGAAGGUUGUGGUGAGACUUUGCAUGGUCAUGGCACUGCCUGCUGGGAGUCCUCCUUCCUUGAGCGCGGCGUUCGGGCCGGCAAGACGAUCGGUGAUGGACAUGCUUGCAACAAUGGCUCAGCAUUGGGUUUUCCUCGCCUGGAGUGCUUGUUGCUUGAUUGGGAAGCACAGCAGAGUUGCAGCCCAGCAGGUGCCAGUGCCGCGGAGCCUCAUCAUCGUCAAAUCGCACCGACGACUACUUCAGGUGCAGGGGCAUCAGAAGAGCCGCAUGUUCCCGGUAGUUUCCUUAAGAAUCGUUGUGAGCUUUCGUGGUAG